GUGUGUGUGUGUGUGUGUGUGUGUGUGUGUGUGUAUGUGUAUCCUCUUUGUUUUGUUUCUCUGAAGAACUCUAGCACAGCUUCCUGUCUCUUCUGAACCCUUCUUUUGCAUUUUAUUUUCUCCAGCUUCUCUUUAUACCCCCAGGUUUUGAAACAAAAUGUGAGAGAGGAAUAUUUAGGUUCAUGAUGCAGCAUUGUCUCCAAAUAGCUGCAUGUCACUGGGACAACCAGGGAGCCUCCCUGAACCUCAGAUCCUUAAUCUGAUAAGGAACUGCAGUGGCUGCCCCCAGGCUUAGUGGGCUCUGCUAAGCUUGAGCCACUGCCCUGGACAGUAAGUUCCUGGAGAGCAGGGACCUCAAGGCCUUGAGCAUGUUUUUUUUCCAGUGCCUUACACAGUGCCUGGCAUACAGCACGCACUCAAUAAAUGCUUGCUAAAUAAACAGUUGAUUAUGUAAAUGCCAGUUACUGUGAUUAUACAUUCAUAUAUGUCACAAGCCAUAUCAUUUAGGUUCAAGAUGGUACUGGCGAAAACAAACAAAAAACCCCAACAAAUCUGGUGGAAGAAAGUGAAUGGAGAGCUAAAAAUUCUAGGUACUAUAACUGGAGAAAUAAAAUGGGUAAGAGUGCCUGCAUGCUCAGUGACCUUUCAGAGUCGUCGGAGCGUGUUGGGGCUGCCUGAGCUUGGUCCUGCACCAGGAUGCUUCAAAGCCUUAUUGAAAAUGUGUGGAUCCCCAUGAAGCCCUACUGUACCCAAGUUUACCAGAAGAUUUGGGUAGGAAUAGGACUGAUGGGCUUCAUCAUUUAUAAAUUCAGGAGUGCUGAUAAAAGAAGCAAAACCUUGAAAGCUUCCAGUCCUGCACCUGCUCAUGGUAAUCAUUAACCAGCUUUCCUUGCACAAGACAUUGGUCUGACUGUGUUGAGGGAAUGUGGGACAUCGUGUUGACUUGCAGCAGUCCCAGUGCCCUCGUGCAUGAACAAACGUACCUGUGAGACCCCCCACCACCCCCCAAAAAUGACUAAGAGUUGGCGUGGUUGCUCCAAGUUGUGUAUUGACCACGUUUCAUUUGAGUGUCUCAGUGGGGCCUCUUUUCUCUUGACGUCUGUGACCUGUCUGGGAUCUUUGUUUUUGGAUGCUGAUGGCCCAGUUUAAAUCCUAACCUGCCGACAUACCAUGUCCAUUUCCUUAAGAAUGAUUUUAGAGGAGCCAGGAAAAGCUGAUUGUGUUUGAAAAGUUCAAACAAACUUUAAAAAGGCAUUUGGAGGAAACUGAAGAAAACUUCAAAAAAACUAUUCCUCAGCGAGACAAGAGAAGAAAUUACUUUCUUUAAGCAAGAACAGGAUAUUCUGAAAAAGGGACCUAAAUAAGAAAGAGCUGCUAUAAGAUAUUAAAAAAUAUAAUAUUUGAAAUAAAAAUUCAUUAGAGUUUGAAGAUCUAGUUGAAGAAAUGUUCAAAAGCAUGGAACAAAGUGACUAGGAGAUGGGAAAUAGUUGAUAAUAAGAAAAUU